CCAACACAAGAGCAGCUGCUUAUGUUAAAGCACCUGUUCAGGUUCGACUGUGCGAAUUCCAUUCAAAGCUGUUUCUUCCACAACCUGGCGCGUUCAGGGCGCUAACGCAUAAUCGCACGGGUUGCCAUGCUCGGGAUCCAGGGCUUGGCGCCGCGAAGGCAGCCACUUCGCUUGGGGUCAUCGAUGUGCAUGCUGCAGGCUCGGUUCCUGCCAGCAGGCACGCGCAGGGCCUCCCACGCUGCGGUGCUCCGCACGUCAUCACAACAACACAUGACGGGCCACGGCUCGGAGUCAGCAGCCAAGCUGACUUCAACGCCCACCGCUGGCCAAGACGCAUCCAGCCAACAGGGAUGGAAGCUGCAUGGCGUCAGCAAGCGCCUCCCUCUGGCGGCGCCUGAUGGUGACAACACUGGCGGUUCCCCAGCGGACCCGCUCAGGACUCGUACAACUUACCAGAGCGCCGUCGGCCCGGAGCUGGUUGGAACGGGUCAGGGGAAGCGUCAGUGGCUGCGGCCCGGCGGCAUCAUCCGUGUGACGCUGCAGCAAGAAUCGGGCAGCAAGCAGCAGGCCGGCAAUGAGGAAGAGCAGGCGGCCGCCUCGGGCUCUUCCUCCUCGCCCGCCGCCACCACCUACCUGGUGCAGGCGCUGUACCGGGACAAGCAGUACGGCGUCAAGUAUGGGGAGCCCAUGGUGCAGCUGCGCCGGCUGCUUCACGGCCGUGAUACGGUGCUUGAGGACGCGGCGGCGGACCACGAGCUGUUCCUGCUCGACACAUCCACUGUCGCACCAAAGGUACACGGAUCGCCGGGCAGUGACAACAUUGGAAGCAGCGGCAGUGGUGGGGUGCUGGAGAAGGAUGAUGAAGAGAGCAGCAGUGACGAGGCGCGGCGUGCGGCCUGGCUGUCGCCUGAGGAGACGCUGUUGUCGCUGCCGCUGCGGGACCUGGACGCAGCGGAGGUGGUCAAGGCCAAGGACCUGAGCGGAAGGCCCUGCGGCCACGCACACAGCAUAGAAAACGCCAAGGCCGACCUGAAGCUGCAGCGGAGCAACGUGCGCGCGGUGGCCGCCGGCCUGCCGCCCACCUACGUGUACCGGCACGUGUACUGCCCGCGCCAGGGGCUGUUCCGGGCGCUGCGGCGUGACCAGCUGCGACUGGGCCAGUGGAUAGACCCGCAGGAGGCACAGCAGCUGAUGAGCGGGGCAGGGGGCGGAGAGGUACCUCCCCGCCUGCACUAUAAGACGGGUGCGGAGGCUGCUGCGCCGCUGCCAGAGGGGCGGGGCUUCACCCUGGCAGGAAUCACGUACCAGGCUGGCGAGUUCAUGUAUGUGGACGCGGAGAAGGCGGGCGGCCAGCAGGGCGGCCCGUGGGCAGUUGUGCAGCUGGUGGGCGUGGAGCAGCCGGAGGAGGAGCAGGCACCUGCACGUGGGGCCAGCGGGGCUGGGGCCGCGGGUGGCAAGGGCUGCAAGCACGUGCCGCAACUGCAGCUCAAGGUCCGCCGUUUCCUGCGGCCCGAGGACCUGUGUCCCGACCUGGCCUACACAGCCGACUGGUGGGACCUGUACGAGCCGGCACCAGCAUCGCCCUCAUCAGCCGCCGCCACAGCCACUGCGGGUGGCAUGUCGCUGCUUCAGGUGCCGGUGUCAGCUGUGGCGGGCAAGUGCGCAGUGGUGUGGGCGGGAGCUGGGGCAGACCUGCAGGCAGCGGUGGCGGCGGGUCCUGCCCUGCCUGGUGUGCGGGCGCUGGACACGUUUCGCGUCGUGGGCACAGGCCUGCCACCCGGCCAGGAGGAGGAGGCUGAGUGGGCGGCGGCCUCUGCAUCUCCCUCGGGGCACCCGCCCACUACCGGAGCCUCAUCCGCCCCAUCCCCCGUACCGGGCGCGGCCGCGGGUCCCACCAUCCGCCCGCUGGCUACCUUGGACAUCUUUGCGGGCUGCGGCGGACUGAGCGAGGGACUGCACCAGUCUGGCGUCAGCUCCACGCUGUGGGCUGUGGAGUUUGACGCCAACGCCGCCGAGGCCUACGCGGAGAACAACCCGCACACAGAGGUGCUGGUCGGAGACUGCAACACCCUGCUGCAGGAGGCCAUGGCUCGGGCGGGUCAGUCCAAGUACUGCGUGGUGGCGCGGGGGCGCCAGGCGGAGGAGGGUACAGGCAAGGCGGACCCAGCCGCUGCCGCCUCCUGUACCUCCGCUGCCGAGCCGUCACCGCCGGCGGCGCCGCGGCUGCCGCUGCCGGGCGAGGUGGAGCUGCUGGUGGGCGGGCCGCCCUGCCAAGGCUUCUCGGGCCUGAACCGCCACCCCGGUUCAGAGAAAGCCGUGCGCAACAACUCGCUGGUUGGCAGCUACCUGUCCUACUGCGACUUCUACCGCCCCCGCUACUUCAUACUGGAGAACGUCAUGGGCUUCACCUUCUACAAGCCCGUGCAGCCCACUGAGGGCAGCCACAAGAGCCGCCAGCGCCGCCGCAGGAGCAAGAGCAGUGCGCCUGACUGUCGCCGCAGCAGUGCCAGCAGUGCUGAAGAAGGGAGCAACUCGUCGUCAGCGGCAGAGGAGAAUGACCCAAAGGACGAGAACGUGUCGCAAUCGGCUCCUCACGCUGCCAUCACCACCGCCAGCACCAGCACCACCACCACCACCACCACCACCACCGGCUCAUCCCGCUCGGCCACGGACGCGCCAGGUCCCAGUGUCAGCUACUUCAAGCUCGCGCUGCGGACGCUGUUGGACAUGGGGUACCAGGUGCGCUUCGGCGCCCUGAACGCGGGAAACUACGGCGUGCCCCAGAGCCGCCAGCGCGUGUUCAUCAUCGCGGCCCUGCCCGAGGAGGUCCUGCCCAACUGGCCGCGCCCGAUGCACUCCUUCCGGGUGGCUGCUGCGGCGGGCAGCAACCGCGAGGGCCAGCAGGACCAGCCGUUCAUUAGGGUGCCCGGCGGCAAGUACUACGCCAACGGGGUGGGGAUGCGCCUAGUAGGCACGCCCCUGCGCGCCGUGACUGUGCGGGAUGCCAUCGGUAACCUGCCGCCCAUCACGCCGGGGACCAAGGGCGACCCGGCCGUGCCACUGCCGCGGCCCAUGAGCGCCUACCAGCGGCGCCUGGCGGAGGCAGCGACUGCUGGCUGGCAGAGAAGUGCCGACGGCGCUGGAUAUGCGGACGGCGGUGUCGGUGGGGGCGCACCGCCGCCUGUGCUAGCGGACCACGUGACGCCGCGAGUGCUGUCUGAGUUCCAUGCCAAAGCCGCCAGCCUCGUGCCCCCAGGCAUGGACAUCUUCUUAGUCAAAGACAAGCUCAAGGGCGCUGGGGACAUGACCGCCGCUGCGGCCCAGCAGCUGUCCGCCGCCACGGCGGGUCAGACUCCGGAACAGUACCUGGAGCGCUGGAAGUUGGUGAAGGCAAGCCUGCCGUGCCUCAAGCAGGAGGAGAACGAGGCAGAGGAUGAGCUGAACAACUUGAAACGACGGAAACGGCGAUCCGGAAUGUAUGGCAGGCUGUGCCACACCAGCUACUUCCGCACCGCGACCACCAAAGUGGGUGUGGACGGCUGGUCGCUGCACCCGGACCUCGACCAGCAGCGCACUGUCAGCGUUCGCGAGGUGGCGCGCAGCCAGGGCUUCCCCGACCAGCACCGCUUCAAGGGUUCCGUGGCAGACUGCUACAAGCAGGUGGGCAACGCUGUGCCGCCGCCCCUGGCCCUGGCGCUGGGGCUGCAGCUGAGGCAGGCGCUGGCGCUGCGGCAGCAGGGGCACCGGCAGGCGGAGGGCAAGGAGGAGGAGCAGCAGCAGGUGGAGGAGGAGAAGGGUGAGGAGGAGGGCGUGCAGGAGGCAUGUGGUUAAGUACGACAGACAACUGAAGCGGCAGCAGGCUGUAGGGGCACCGUGCGCGGACCUCGGUGGCUGGGCAGCCUCACGCAUUACUGAGGCAGCUGUCGCAGCGGGAGUGCGUACCGUGCACGAUGCUGUAUUGGGAGUUACAUCAUACGGGAAUCAGGGGGGCAGGUAUGAGGGUGUGGUUUGCUGCGGCGAUGCGUAGAGCACGUGCCACGGGCGGCCAGCGCAGUGACCUAGGUGCAUGCAGUGGCAACGCAGACGGUAUGCAGUGCCAGCAUCAGUAGGCUGAACAAGAAAGUGGCUCUCCCUCUCAAGGGGAAAAUGGGACUGUGCUGCCGUGCCACGUUAGCGCAACGUCUGAGGCCGAAGGUUUCGAAACUGCCUCAUCUCCCGGACAUAGCCGUGUCGGUUUGCACAGGCACAGCCCGCCAUGUGUUCAGCCGUGUUCCGGUCUCAAGCACAACUGCACAACUGCACAUCAGCCAACAAACAGCAAUAAAUCUAGGGAGCA